AUGACGGGAAACGAGGGCAAACAUCGCAACCUCAGGAGCCGAGAGCAGGGAGACGGGCAGCGAGGACCUCUGAUAACGCAAGAGGGAGGGGAUUGCAGAGGUUGCGAUGAUCCGCCGAAACCGAAGUGGCGGAAGAGGAAGAGUCACGGUGGAGUUGACGAUGACUUGAUCUGCCUUUUGGAAGACUGGCUCCGAGUGGGUAAGUUGUUUUUGGGCGUGGGGAACCAGAGGGAAAAAGAGAGGAUUAAUCGGGCGCAAGUAGAGAAAGAAGAGCAAGCAGUUAGUAGUAGACGUGAGGGGGAGAGAAAUGCGGAAGAGGAGAAAAAGACGAGACAGAAAGAGAGAAGAUGCGGAGGCAACGCUUUCGAUUCCAUCAUCGCCGACCCUCAAAUCAGUUUCACUGCCCAACUCUAUAUCUGCUAUUCUCCCCCUCCAUUGUAA